UGCGCGACAUCUUUUGCAUCAUGCUUUCCUGACUAAGCUCCACUGAGCAUGCAAUGCUUGCGUCAUGCUCUUCAGCAGAUGGAGAGGAGGGGGAGGGUGCAUCUCAAAGGGAAAUAAAGGGAAUCAUAGGCGGUGGCGUUGGGGUGGGUGGGAUUGCUCUGUCUCUCCUAAAUCAGCAUCAACAUAGAGCUACGGCAACCAUGAACGAGUGUUGAUCUGGUCGGAAUCCCCACUCAACCAGGAUUUCAAUAUCGAUGAUGACAAGCUGUGAUAGCUUUUCAUUCACCAGAGACUAAAGUGUUCUACCUGUCCUCAGGAUUAAAUUACAAGGAAGAGGACGUAGCAGCUGAUAUUCUCAGGCAACAUGGGCAACCAGGAAGCUAAACAAAAAAAAUCUGUAGCAGCAUCUGGUAAUGGAGCCUACCCUUCACUGGAAGAAGGAUGGAGUGAGGGAGGAGGGGACGUGACAAGGCGGGAUGGUAAGAAACACUAUGGUAAAAAUGAAGGUAAAAAGACAUGCACCACUAAAGGAGGAGGAGGAGGAGGAACGCAUGGCACAGGUCCAGGCAAGAAGAAAAACAAAUGUGAGUCCAAGUCAUCUAUUUUUUCUAUCCGGAAGAGAAAGGAUCCUCUCAAAGGUAAAGAUGCAUGCUCUUCAGUAACAGGCUCGAGUGAAUAUGUGCUCGCAUCGCAUCACAAUGAGCUGGCCAAAACUCCUGAUCUGUCUGCAGAUGAGCUCGGACCAUCAGACACUGAACCAGACUCCCUGGGGGAAAAAAAGACACAAGGUAAAAGCAAAAGUGAGCAGAAGCCAUGGAAUGCAGCAGAAGCAGUAGCCUCUCCCACAGAGGAUGGAGGUCAGAAAGGUGGGAGUUCUGGGUCUGACACUGACAUUUACAGCUUCCACUCAGCAGCAGAUCAUGAGGAUUUGUUAGCAGACAUCCAGCUUGCUAUCAGGCUUCAACAGCAACAUGAAGGGCUUGACACGGUUACUGGGUCACAGGUACAAGGUGAAAGCAGUGUUAGCAAGGGUCAAGAGGUAAAGAGAACGCAGAGUAAUGGAGCUCUUAAAUUACCCCCCACUGAAAUACUUGAACUGACGCCGGAAUUAGAGCUUGGAUCAGAUGCACUGUCUUUCUUGGAGGUCGAAGCCCUGUCGAAAAUAGACAAGCGCACUGAGAAACCAGAAGGAUUGCACUUCUCCUCCCUCAAAGAGGAAUCCAAAACUCGGGAUGAUGGUGGGAAAGAAACGGAGAGGGAUCGGGAGAUCAAUGGGAAGGGGAAGAAUGCAAGAAAGUCCUCUGUUAAUGGUACUAUAGUCACAAAAGACCAGUAUGCCCCGGUGAAGCAGUCCCCGCCCACAGUCAUUGCCAUCGCUACGGCCAGGGGGGCUGCAGUCAACCCAGUUCCUAUGACAACUGCCGGCAACAGCUUCCCCGAUCGCACAUUGGACAGUGCGGGCACACAAUGGGAGCAGGAAGCAGGAGGUGAAAACCAGAGUGAAGUGCAGUGGGAGCCUGGUAUGAAUGAAGCGCCGAUUCCUCCACUCGACAACCACAAAAAAAGCUGUGUUACCAUGGUAAGAAUUGUUACAGGGAAUGUGCUAGAAGAAUGCGCAAGUGCUGAGUCACCUGCAGACUGCUUAAGUAUUGUAUCAGAAAGUAACCACUUAGCAGCUGCUGGGACCAAUGCGUCCCCCUCCACGAGGAACAGUGCUUGCUUCACACCUUCCCAAGGUAGUCCCACAUUGGCCAAAAACAUCCACAGGUCCAACCAGGCCUCUUCUCCCUCAAACCCCAUGGUGAAAGCCCACCCUCCCAUCUUCCCUUCAUACAUCAAGACCACCACAAGACAACUCAGCUCACCAGGACACUCACCAGUUCUGUCUCCCUCCCAUAGCCCCAUGUCACUAAGAAGAGCCCAUCAUCACUUCCAAAGGAUGAUGGGUGGUGAUCACCAAGUCCCAAGGCCGUGCUCCCGAAGCAAUGCUGGUACUCUGAGUCGCUCAGCUGACUGGACAGAGGAGUUUGAGAGAAGAAUGAGGUGCAGUCUCAACAAUGGUGACUAUAGGGAUUUAGAAGAAUACAGUUACAGAGGUGGAGGAAGCCAACCUAUUUGUGCUACAAGGAGAUCUUCCUGUGGACAAGUUGCGACAUGCAGCUUCCAAGAUGUUUUUACAGGUAGAACCCUCCUAGAGAAACUGCUCCUUCAACAGCAGCAGGAGGAGCCAGAGGAAGCUGAGAGGCUCUGCUCCAGAAUAUUAGCCAUUGGUCUUCUCCUGCCUUUCACUGACUGCUUCAGACAACAGCUGGGGGCCAGCCCUACGCAUAUCACUUCUGCUGGAUCAGCUAAGUUCCAUCAUGACCAGCUGUAUACAUGGGCUGCUGUUAACCAGCCAUCUUUUUCCCUUGAUCCUCUUGAGGGGAAGCAACCAGGUAAUCUUAAAGACUUCAGGCCGAGUAGCGACAAGACUGGAGUCAGAGUCACUGAUACAGAACAUCAUACAGGCAUCUUGGGUUGGCAACCAAAUGAGAGCCAAGAUAUUCAGGAGGAGGUUUUCCUGAAAACAGUGAAACUGAAGGAAAAACAUGUCAAUGUCAUCCAACAACUGGAGCAAACCAUUGAAGAUCUCAGGACUAAGAUUGCUGAGCUAGAGCGACAGCCUCCUCUGCUGGACAGAGACAUGAAAACAGACCAGGACCGUGUAGGAGAGGAAGGCCUUUUGAGGGCAGUGUGUGAUGCUCACUUUCAGACUGAAGCAGCUCACUUUCUGGGCUCCCUGGAGGCCAAAUCUGUGCAAACAUCACCAAUGGAUGACAGCUUUAAGUUUAAAGUGCCUUACGGUGGACCAUCUCUUCCAUUGCCAGGACAAGUAGCAGAACCUAUACCACCACCUCUUCCACCCUUAUCAGUAGGUUCAAUACCACCACAACCACCACCUCCUCCUCCUCCUCCUCCUCCCCCUGCUGGACUUGCUCCACCCCCACCUCCUCCACCUUUCCAUGUUGGACCUCCUCCACCACCACCUCCUCCUCUCCCUGGUGGACCAGCUCCACCCCCACCUCCUCCUCUCCCUUGUGGUGUUGGUCCACUCCCACCUCCUCCACCUCUCCCUGGUGGACCUGCUCCACCACCUCCGCCUCCGCUUCCUGGUGGAGCAGCUCCACCCCCACCUCCUCCUCUCCCUGGUGGUGUAGCUCCACUCCCACCUCCUCCACCUCUCCCUGGAGGACCUGCUCUACCACCUCCUCCUCCUCUCCCGGGUGUACAAGCUCCGACACAUUCUCCUUUUCUCUGUGGUGGACCAGCUCCACCCCCACCUCCUCCUCUCCCUGGAGGUGUUGCUCCACCGCCAUCUUCUCCACUCCCUGGUGUGAGCAGUGCACCUCCGCCCCAUUGUCAUGGGCCUCCCCGAGCCCCUCCUCCUCCUGGAGUGAUCUGUGUUCCUGCAGCUCCCCCAGGAGCUCUGGGCAACUUGCCUCCGCCUCUGCCUUUGGGGCUAUAUAGUAUUGGCCUCAACCAGGAGAGGCCACCCAGGAAAGCAGUGUUGGAGCCUCCCAGACCCAUGAAGCCACUGUAUUGGACCAGAAUCCAGUUGCACACUAAAAAGGAAAUAUCCUCUGCAUCUGUAUGGGAGACGAUAGAGGAGCCUGAUGUGGACUUUGAGGAGUUUAUAGAGUUGUUUUCCAAAACAGCCGUGAAGGAGAAGAAGCAGCCACUCUCUGACACAAUCACCAAGUCCAAGGCCAAACAGGUUGUCAAGCUCUUAAACAACAAACGAUCUCAGGCUGUAGGAAUCCUCAUGUCUUCGCUCCACCUUGAUAUGAAAGACAUUCAGCAUGCCAUCUUAAACUUGGACAAUACAAUAGUUGACCUUGAGACGCUUCAGGCCCUUUAUGAAAAUAGGGCCUUGCCAGAGGAAUUGGACAAGAUUCAAAAACACAUUAAAUCCACUAAAGACAAGGACAAUGCUAAACCUCUGGAUAAACCUGAACAGUUUCUCUACCAGCUCUCCCAGAUCCCCAGCUUUUCUGGUCGAGUCUUUUGCAUCCUCUUCCAGUCUAGCUUCUCUGAGUGCAUGUCGUCCUUAAUGAGGAAACUGGAUACAUUGCUGAGUGUAUGCAAGGUGUUACAGGACAGUAAAAAGGUGAAGCAGGUUCUAGGUCUGGUGCUGGCUUUUGGCAACUUUAUGAAUGGAGGAAAUCGCACAAGAGGCCAAGCGGAUGGUUUCAGCCUUGACAUCCUUCCCAAACUCAAAGAUGUCAAGAGCAGUGACAGCAUGAAAAGUCUUUUGUCUUACAUAGUUGCAUACUACCUACGGAAUUUUGACGAGGAUGCUGGAAAAGAGACUUGUGUUUAUCCUCUCCCUGAGCCUCAUGAGUUGUUCCAGACUUCACAGAUGAAGUUGGAAGACUUUCAGAAAGACCUGACUCGACUCAGGAAAGACCUUAGAUCAUGUACCUCAGAGGUGGAACGAGUGUGCCAAGCUUCAGUUGAAGACAACCUACAGCCUUUCAAGAACAAGAUGGGGGAUUUUAUUUCAGAAGCGAAACAUGAGCUUGAAGCAUUGGAAACUCAUCUCAGUAGCACACACAAACUGUUCCUAGAGCUCACAUUAUUCUACUCAGUGAAGGCAAAGGCAGGAGAGAAGGAGGUUUCACCAAACACUAUUUUUUCUAUCUGGUAUGAGUUUUCCUCUGACUUCAAGGACCUGUGGAAGAAGGAAAACAAAUCCAUUCUUAAGGAGAGGUUAAAAGUAGCAGAGGAGUGUUUCCGACAGGCCAAAGAGCGGGCCUCCUACAGUGUGAAACCAAAACAUGCUACAGGAAUUAAAGCCAAGCUUGGCAUGAAAAUUUGACCCACUGGACUUUCUUUUUGAUGAUCGAUGAUUGAUUUGACGACGUCAGGGUUCUCAGUCCGGUGCCAAAUUCAUUUUCCAGGACAAUUUCACUGAUUAACUUGCUGAUGACAGACAAGGAUCACUCAAUACACACUGAUCUGUUCUUCUGUUCUUCUGUGCUGGAUAAUAUAUAUAUAUAUAUAUAUAUAUAUAUAUUUAUACAUAUAUAUAUAUACAUAUAUAUACAUAUAUAUCCCCAUCCAUCCAUUUUCUGUACCGCUUUUCCUCACUUGGGUCGUGGGCGUGCUGGAGCCUAUCCCAGAGAUCUUCGGGCGAGAGGCGGGGUACACCCUGAACUGGCCGCCAGCCAAUCACAGGGCACAUAUAAACAAACAACUGUUCACACUCAUAUUCACACCUACGGGCAAUUUAGAGUCUUCAAUGAACGUACCACACGUGUUUUUGGGAUGUGGGAGGAAAGCGGAGUACCCGGAGAAAACCCACACGGGCACGGGGAGAACAUGCCAUCCACCGUGUCGCCUAUAUAUAUCUGGAAACUGGGAAAAACACAAAAAUUUUGAAAGACUAAAAGGGUGACUUUAUCAAGUGUUCCUGGGAUUCACAACUCGAGUGACAAUAUGUUGUGCAGUCGAUUGCAGUAACUGCCAAUUUUGCCGAUUUUUGGGUUGAAACGAUACUGUAAAGUGCUUGAUAAGCAACACAUUUGAAUUGAUAUUUUGCCCUAAAUUAUUUUUAUUUUCUGACAAGGUUCCACUUUAGAGUUGUUUAUAAGUCUACGGCCUUUCUCACCUGACUAUGUGCCAGUCUGUACAAUCCAUCCAUCCAUCCAUCCAUUUUCAACACCGCUUAUCCUGGUUAGGGUCGCGUGGCGCUGGAGCCUAUCCCAGCUGACUUCGGGCGAAAGGCGGACUACACCCUGAACUGGUCGCCAGUCAGUCGCAGGGCACAUAUAGACACGGACAACCAUUCGCAUUCACAUUGUCACUGAGUGGGAACUGAUCCCACGCUGCCCGCACCAAAGUCAGGCGAGUGCACCACUACACCAUCAGUGACUUAGUCUGUACAAUGUGUUCCAAAUUAUUAGCCAUACAGUAUGUAAAGUUUUUUUUUAAUAGCCAAUGCUAUUUAUAGUGAAUAACAUUUUUUGAUCAAGAAUUGCACUGUGUUCCAAAUUAUGCAUAUAAAACAUUUAACAUAAGUUAAAUAUUUGAGUUUUUGUUUUCAUGCAUAUCACUAUUGGGCAGAAAUCGCUAAUGUCCAAAUUUAGUCGGUUUCAUAUUUCUCACCACACAGCUACACUAUUGGUAAGUCCCCACAUACAGUAGGUCUGUUAUUUUUACAAAUGAUUAAUCAAAGUGUUGAAAAUGGCUUGUUCUCUUUGACGGUGCAAUGUUAAUGGCUCUACAAGCAUGCCGUUUCUUUUGUUUCCUGAAAAGGGCUGGUUUUAGAGAUGCACAGAUUCUGUCUGAAGACAGCGAUAUGCUCUUUCUCCUGUUACUUAAGGAAGUUGUUCACAUUAUUAAGGAAGUCAUCACAUUUUAUUUUGUAUUUAUUUGCAUCGGAUUUCAGAUAAGGAAUUUAUGGUCAGACAAAUGCUUCAAUUAAGAGUCACUUAAUUAAAAAGCCACUUAUGAGCAGAAAGCAGGUACUUUGGAUAGGGUGUCACCUCGUCAUCUAAGAGGUGGCAAAAUUAAUGUUUUGGGCUGGAUUAAUGGGGUAGGCCUAUUUUGGGUGUCCAGUAUAAGAGAGCCGCAAAACAUUUGGUUUCUAGUUGACCAUUUUAUGCGAUGGUUGAAAAGGAAAAAAAAUUGUUGUAAAUUGCAUUGACUAUCAAUGAAAAUGAACAAAAACAGCAUGUUCCUAAUAAUUCGGAGCACAGUGUCAUUUUUAAUGUCUAAUCCAGAUGCUUGUAGUCUGUCACGAUUGGUUGUCGAAGGCGGGGAAGGCAAGGCAAAAACGUGGAGGACUCAAGUGGAGGGAAGCAGAGAGGCAAGAAUGAACUGACCAGAACAGGACCCAGGGUCAGCACACGGUGUCACCCUGCACGCCACCAGUCUGCCUCUCAGCGCCCUCACCCUGGCAACCAUAGCUACCCUCCUCCAUUUUUCCUAGUUCACCUUCCCGAGUUCCUGUACACUCUGGCCUUCUCGUUUCCUGUGAGCCAAACCUCAAUGGUGGCAGGCUGAGGAAGCGACUGCAGACCUGAGGAAGCGACUGCAGACCCAGUCCCUGCUCUUGGCAGCUGCGGCAGACUCCCACGCCGGCUGCCCGGCAGCUGCAACAGGCUCCCGUGCCGGCUGCCCGGCAGCUGCAACAGACUCCCGUGCCGGCUGCCCGGCAGCUGCAACAGGCUCCUGUGCCGGCUGCCUGGCAGCUGCAACAGGCUCCCGUGCCGGCUGCUCGGCAGCAGCGGCAGGCUCCCGUUCAUGCUCUCCGGCAGCGGUGGCAGGCUCCCGUUCCUGCUCUGUGGCAGGCUACGGUGGCACUUGUCCAGCGGCCGCCACCCAACCUUGCUCCAGCGGCGCUCAUCCAGCGGCCACCACUCAACCCUAUUGUCUGGCCCCUGCAUUGCCAUUGGGUCCGGCAUCAUGACCGUCCACCUGAAUGGCCCUGUGGAGACCCUAGUGCUUGGCAUUCUGGCCAACCCUCCUGAACUGCCUAGCCAAGCACCUCACAUCGGGUGGGCUAGACGGCCACCAGACUGACCCUGAGGGGCGGACUCUGAACCCGCCUCCAGUCCCCCUUCCAUCCACCCUGUUUUGGUGACUUUUUUUGUUUGUAACUUUUGGGGUACGUCUGUGAUCCGUUCCUUAAGGGGCGGUGGGGUGGGGAACUCUCAUGGUCUGUGUUUGGGUUGUUUUGUUUCAUGUUUUCUUUUGUCCCAUGUUUUUCAUGUCUCAUGUGCUCGUUUAGUUAUUGUGUCCACCUGUUCUUGUCUACCUUGUGUCGACCAAUCAGCUCCCUCCAGCCACUCGUAUCUUGUCCAGGUGUUCCUCGUUGUUUCAUCAAUUUGUGUAUUUAGUUCCCUGGUUUCUUUCAGUCCUUGUUGGGUCAUUGUCAUUGUUACUGCUUGUGUCACAUGUCAUAGUCACCUGUAGUUUCAGUAGUCAAGUCUUGUUUCCAGUUUUAGGUUUAUUCCAGUGUUUCUUUACUUUGUUUAGUUUGCGUUUUCAAUGACCGUUGUUUGCCUUUUAUUUGGAAUAAAAUAUUUUUUUAUAAUUCUG